AAAUGGUGGUCGAAGUUAUUCUGACAAGACAAAUUGAACAAGCCAUAAAACAGGCGAGAAAAAUCGAUGAAAUACCUGAGGACUUAAUAGAAAGGCUCUCACAUUACGGAGAGGAUGAAGAUAAUGACAGGGAUAAGAAGAUACAAAGAGUUAUAGAGUUUAAAUUAGUUCGGGAAGUUUGGCUUUAUUUGAAGAAGAAUCAAACCAAAUCUGAUAAAACGAGCCGUAUUUAUUUACACGAACUCCUGGAAGGAAGCGAACUUUAUGUUGAACCGCCAAAACCACCUGAAAAGAGUCCAGAAUUAGUUGCUCGUUUAAAGAGGCUUAAAGCAGAGCAGGAAAGAUUACAAUAUGAUAAAAUGGUUUCCAAUUUAGGACCAAAGUGGGCAGAUACAACAGAAAGCCUUGCAACAGAAGUAAAAUCAACAUCCAAGCAGUUGUCCUCRGUAGUGAACUUCUUGUGUACUGUUGGUGCCACAUUCGUGUUUGGAUUUGUUGCUUCACAAUAUGCAUUUCCAAAUCUAGCUCUGAGAGUUAUCAUAGGGAUUGUCCUGGCAUGCUUUGUAGCAGUAGCAGAAAUCUAUUUUAUGGCAAGAACAGAGAUUUAAGAAGACUACAAUUAGCACUCCUCCGUCAGCGAUAACAGAGACAGCACACAGAAUGACAGCACUCACACAAGUCUGAAAGUAAUCUUGUACAAGCAGAAAUUGAACCAGGGCUUAGGGAUAAAAACCAAGGUAAUUUUUUGAAAUUUUAAUUCAUGAAAAAUAAAAMUUGUUGUUAGAUUAAUUCAGAUGUAUCACAUUGUAACCAGCUUUAGAACAAUGUCAAAAAUGGUCCAAAAUAGGAACCCAUUUUUAUUAGUUUAUGUAUGGUACCAAAGCAUGUCAGAAUCCAGCUCAAUUGGAGAACAUAAGAAUAGGUUUCAAAUUCUCAUGAGAUUAAAAUUCCUUUGUUUAGUCCACCAAAUUGAGCUGCUUUGUCAUCACAUACUAGGGGUAUAUAAGAGGACAGAUAAAUAAGCUGACGUCAAUGA